GCCAUCGCGGCAGUCGGUCGGUUAAACCUGCUGUUAACCUCAUGAACGCGGCGCAAACUUUUGAAUUUCGAAUUGAAAUAUCAAAAAGAAAUUAAUGUUCCCGCUAAUUUAAAACAAUAAAAAAAAGUAAAAUAUUUUGUUACUGGCCUCUUCCAAAAAAAUAUUUUUGUCUGUAGUUUAUUUUUCUUUGAAACAACUUUUGACAUUUUUUUAACAAUGCGACUAAAGUGAACUGUGACUGGUGCCUCUUUUAUCGAUGUUUAAAGAGUUUAAAAGUGGUUGUCGUUCAAAAUAGGUCUGAAAGAAGAGUAUGGUCCACGGUAUUCCAAUCCGUGUGCCGGGGACAACGUAAAUUGGACGUUAUGUCACAUUUAUAUAAAGCGGAUAUUUACUGUCCUGAUGCCUUAUUAUGAUGAAACGAUGUUGGACCCGGCCCUCAACCUAACCCUGAACGCAUCAGCACAAUGGAUCAUCGAAAAUGCCAGAAAAGUCCGUGACCCCGACCUUUACGAGAAGUUCUCACAGAACAGAAAGGUCGAUGACACCACACAGGCCAUACUCCUGACUUUCUAUGUUCUGCUCAUCGUCAUCGGCUUGUGUGGGAAUGUCUUAGUUGUUAUUUCUGUAGUUAGAAAACCGGCUAUGCGGACAGCGAGAAACAUGUUCAUAGUCAACCUAGCUGUUUCCGACACCCUGGUGUGCGUGGUCGGGACCCCUUUGACUGUAUUGGAGCUGUUGACGAAGCACUGGCCGCUGCCCGACUGGCCCAGCCUUUGUAAGGCGUGUGGAGCCAUCCAGGCGACUUCCAUUUUUGUUUCAACUAUAACGAUCACAGCUAUUGCUUUGGAUAGGUACCAGUUGAUCGUCUACCCAACGCAGUGUGGUAUCCAGACAAUGGGCGUAGUAUUCAUCAUGUGCGGCAUCUGGGUCUUCGCCAUAGCCUUAGCUUCACCCCUAUAUAUAUUUAGAAACUUAAUCAUUCACAAAACAGGAAUAGUAGGCAUGGAAUCUCUUAGCUUCUGCAUCGAAGACUGGCCAAUAGAGGAAGGCAGAGGAAUCUACUCAGUGUUGAGCCUGAUCUUCCAAUACUUAUUACCUGUCUCAGUUGUUUUAUUAACACAUGUUCAAAUACACAACAGAAUUCACAGAAGAAUGCAAGAUAGAAGAAGAAGCAGAAAUAAAACUGCAGCUAUUUUAACAGCUAUUGUUGUUACAUAUGUUAUAAGCUGGUUGCCUUUAAACGUGUUUAAUUUAGUUGCUGAUUUUAGUACGAAACCGAUAUUGGAUGAGAAACCAUUGACAAUAACUUACGCUGUUUGUCAUAUGUUCGGGAUGUCCAGCGCCGUUUCUAAUCCUCUACUGUACGGCUGGUUGAAUGACAACUUCAGGAAGGAAUUCGAGGAGAUAUUAUGCUGUAAACGACAGGGUCAGUUGAAAAAUACGCGGACCAAAAGUAGAAAGAUGGACACAGAAUUAACGGCUCUUCAAAUGGACGCCGUAACAACUAACACAAAGACAUCUCAAUGCUCUCAGAUUUUCUGACUAAAGUCUUGCUUUAAAUAGCAAGAAACUAGUGUUGAAUUGCAAGUGAUAUAAGGGAAUGGACGGUCAAUUUAUGGAUUUAAGUGUACGGUUUCUGUUUUUGACAAAAAAUUAUGUAGCAUCAAAGCUUGCGGAAUCUUUGUCCACAUCAAUUCUGCAGAUGAAUCUUUAAAAGAACAACUGCAUUUUCAUGAAGGUCUCAAAUUUAUGUUGAUUCCUUAGAAAUGUUCUCAAUCACAAUCUGAUCGUAUGAAAUAUUUUCUGAUGGAUUAGGAAAUUCUAUACAUUUAAAUAUGAUUCUAAAAACAUUAUUUCAUUUAAAAAAAAAAACAUAGUAGAAUCAUUAAUAUGCAGUUCAGUUAUCAAUAUAAUUAUUGAAUCAUCUAGUUCAAAUUUAGUGUGUAAUUAAUUUAUCGUAACAAACAUCAAUUGUUGAGCCUUGUCCGUAACAAAUUAAGUUGGAAAUAAACAUGUAUGUCAGAUUCCCAUAUUUCUGGUGGAGGGAUAACACUUCCAUAUUGUACUUUAUCAAUACAAUAGUAUGUUCCUACACUUGUGUGGUAUUAUAAUCUUCUGAAUUAACUAAUGUAGAGUUAAAAUAGAUGUAAACAAAUUAUCCAUGAUUCAAGUCAAAUAUUUUUUUUUUAGAUUAUUCAUUCCUCAUUUUAAAAAAUAGUUUUUUGAAUUAUGUCUUUUUUUUAUUUUCUUCUUAAAGUAAUUAAGGUUAUUGUAUCUUUUAUGUACAAUUUUAUCUUUCUUGCUUUCUUGAAAUUCAUUGUUCUCUCCGAUUGUAUUUUUCGAAAUGUGAAUUUUGUUGAUAUAUCUUUAACUUUGACUUAUCAAUUAUGUGAUUAAUUUUGUUUUCAUCUAAAGUAACUUAUUAACAUUCAGUAUACUUAGUUCAUUACUUACAGUUCACAGCACAAUCAGUCAUACCGCCAUCAUCAGCAGUAGUGUCAGAUGUAAUAAACCAUAUACUUCAUGACAAUGCAACACCGUUAGUUGUCCUUCCGAUGCAGACUGCCAACCACCAUAUAAAUAAAGAAUCAUCCGCAAUUUUAAUUAAUAAAAUGUUUAAAUAAGAAAAUAUCUUCAU